AACUACAAGCCCCAUGAGGCACUGUGCGGCCACCCCGCCCCACCGGAAGGAGAGCCCCCGAGGUGGGGGAGGAGCCACAAAAGGGAUUGUGGGAGAAAGGCUUCUUCCUUUCCUCUGGCGGCAGCCAUCAGGUGAGCCAAGAUGGGCGCAUACAAGUACAUCCAGGAGCUAUGGAGGAAGAAGCAGUCCGACGUGAUGCGCUUUCUGCUGAGGGUCCGGUGCUGGCAAUACCGCCAGCUCUCUGCGCUGCACAGGGCUCCCCGCCCCACCCGGCCCGAUAAAGCGCGAAGGCUGGGGUACAAGGCCAAGCAAGGUUAUGUCAUAUAUAGGAUUCGUGUCCGCCGUGGUGGCCGCAAACGCCCAGUUCCUAAGGGUGCAACUUACGGCAAGCCUGUCCAUCAUGGUGUUAACCAGCUAAAGUUUGCCCGAAGCCUUCAGUCUGUUGCUGAGGAGAGAGCUGGCCGUCAUUGUGGAGCUUUGAGAGUCCUCAAUUCUUACUGGGUUGGUGAAGAUUCCACGUAUAAGUUUUUUGAGGUUAUCCUCAUUGAUCCAUUCCAUAAAGCUAUCAGAAGGAACCCUGACACCCAGUGGAUCACCAAACCAGUCCACAAGCACAGAGAGAUGCGUGGGCUGACAUCUGCUGGCCGCAAGAGCCGUGGCCUUGGAAAGGGCCACAAGUUCCACCACACUAUUGGCGGCUCUCGUCGUGCAGCCUGGAGAAGGCGCAACACUCUGCAGCUCCACCGUUACCGCUAAUAUACUCAAUGUUUGUAAAAUUUCAUAUCCAAUAAACAAUUUAGGACCGUCA